AUGUCGUGGAAUUCAGCGGAUUUUUUUAAUCCUUCGACAUAUAAUGGACCGACAUCUUAUGAACUUCAACAACAACAACAACAUCAACAGCAAUAUCCAAAUGGAAAUUUUAUACCAUCACCUUAUGAUUUUAAACCUCAGAUAAAUAUUUCUAGUCAUAAUAAUUACUUUUAUCAGCCAAAUGAAUAUGUCGCAUCAACUGUAGAUGAGAUUGAAAAUCAUGAACCACCUUUAUUAGAAGAAUUAGGUAUUAAUUUCGAGCAUAUAUUUAAAAAAACAAAAUUAGUUUUAAAUCCAUUUACAACACCGGAUUUAUCAAUUCUCGAUGAUGUUGAUCUCGCUGGUCCUCUUGUUUUUUGUCUUGCAUUUGCUUGUAGUCUAUUAUUAUUAGGUAAAAUUCAUUUCGGUUAUGUUUAUGGUAUUGUUACAUUAGGUACUUUCGGAAUGUAUACAUUAUUAAAUUUAAUGACAUCACCUGAUAAACCAUGUUCAGGUAUAUUUGUCACAAGUGUACUUGGUUAUUGUCUUUUACCAAUGGUUAUUCUUUCAUUUUCAUCAUUUUUAUUUAAAAUAAAUGGUUUUAUUGGUAUGAUCAUUUCAAUAGUUUUUAUUCUCUGGUCUUCAAUAUCAGCGUCAAAAAUUUUCUCAACAUCAUUAGCAAUGAUUGGACAACAAUUACUUGUUGCAUAUCCAUGUGCUUUAUUUUAUGGUGUUUUUGCUUUAUUAACAAUGUUUUAA